AAUAGGCUAUAGAAAAAUGAUUUAACCACGGAAUUUUUCAAAGUGAACGAGUUAAAAUAAUCACUUAACAUGAUUUAAGGAUUUAAAGGUUUUGUAUAAAAUAAGCGGGCACUAUCACAGACAGUCAAUCACUUUAAAUAUAACAGCACAAAACCAGGGCAGGUGUUAUAAACUUGAUAUGGUUUUAUGAAAUUGCAUGCAGAUAAUAUAUAAUGCAUGUCACAUAUAUAGAACAAACUGUAAUUUAUCUUGUUUGUAGAUAAGUUUGUCGUAAGUUUGUGCAUGUCAAGAAAACCUUAUAAAUUAGUUCAUUUAAGGAUACGUAUCGUUGUUUUUAACCAAGUUGUAUGUACAUUGUGUGGAAAUAUGGCAGAACAAUUAACAAGAAGCUACAUUAAGGUGGAUUUACCUGUCUGGACGCUUAAACAUCAAACUUUCCCGGAGGCGAUGAAACAUUAUGCGGAGACGAAACCUGACGGUGAGUCUGUUGUCUUUGUAUCAACUGACGGAACUCGAGAAUGUGUAACUUGGUUUCAGCUUUACCAACGAUCUCAGAUAAUGGCGAAGUCACUGAUAAAAAUGGGGAUUCAGAGGCACGAGGUUGUUACUAUCAACGUCCGUUGUUGUCCAGAGUGGUUAUAUGCUACAUUUGGUGCCAUGAUGGCUGGGGCCAUUCCAGUCAGCAUAUCCUUCACGUAUACUGACGGCAGUGAUCUUAUCGCUCUAAUGAAAAAGAUGGAAACUUGUUCGCUGCUUAUUCUUGAUCCUGGUGCAGACAGUAUUAAUUGGAAUAUCCUUCGUAAACUUCUUGACGAGUACAAAGCUGACGGUAGAGCUAAAAGUCAUCAAAUGCCAUAUCUAAAAUAUGUUCUAGGGGUGAGAUUUGAUGGACACUCAGAUGCUACAUUUGUCAAAGAUAUAUCAGACCUUUUAGCAGAGGAUCAUCUCGAAGUAGAACUUCCCGUCAUUAAACCAGACGAUCUAUAUGGACUUUUCCAAACAUCUGGGAGUACAGGGGUACCAAAACUUGUUUCAAACGCUCAUAAAUCGGCAUUGAAAAUGGCUGGUGCUUUAGACAUUUCUGAAGUUUUAAACCCCAGAUAUAUCCUAUUCAACGACAGGCCAUUUAAUUGGGGUGGCGGAUAUCCGUUUUCAAUAUUGACAGGCCAAACAAGGGUGACAUUUUCCGAAUUUUGCGAUCCUCCGAAUGACAGACUUUCCUAUAUGAUUAACGUAAUAGUCAAAGAGAAAUGUUCCAUGGUUAUUGCUCUACCACCUCUGAUAAAUGAGCUUAUCAAAAGACAGGAACAUUUGCCAGAUGAUUGGCCAGUUGAAGGAAUACUGACCGUUGGACAGCCACUUACUAAGCACUUAGCUGCCUGCAUAGGGAAAGCUUGUAAAUUCCUUCUGUGCGUGUAUGGAGGCUCAGAGUUAGGAUGUGCGACUGUAGCAAAGAUCACUGAUCCGGAUGAUUUCGUCGAAUUUGGAUGCGGAAAACCCUUAAAUAUUCCUGAAAUGGAAAUUAAAAUAGUCGACGAGAAUGCGGAAGUAGUACCCGUCAAUCGGAGAGGAGAAAUAUAUAUUCGAUCAGAGGCCAUGUUUACGGGCUAUUUCAAUGAUCCGGAGAAAACAAAAGCUGUCCUCUCCGAAGACGGAUGGUAUAAAACAGAUGAUAUCGGGAGGAUGACCGAAGAUGGUGAAUUCUUUGUCGAGGGUCGAAAAUCCAAUAUGAUUAUUUCAGGGGGAUUUAACAUUGCUCCAGAGAUUCUUGAGAAUGUUAUGAAAACUUUCCCAGGUGUAGAUUCCGUCAUUAUCGUACCAGUUCCAGAUGACGUUUACUAUCAAGUGUUGUGUGCUUGUAUUGUUAAAAAAGGAGAUUGCGAAAUAAGCGAAGAAGAUAUCCGAAAGAACUGCCACGAGUAUCACGCAGACAAACCGGGACUUUUUACAGUUCUUCCGAAAUACUACAUGUUCCUUGAAUCAUUUCCUGAAACUAGAAGUGGGAAAACUCACCGGAAUGAGUUAGAAAGGAUAGCACUUCAACGAUUUCGUUAGAGUACUUUCUAAGAUAUAUUAAAUAUAAAUGUCGUGUAAUAUACGAUAAUUAUGUUCUAUGAUAUUUCUCUUACGCUUAAACCAAUUUUAUACGUAGACAAAUAUAAAUGGUGAGUGUACGAUUAAAAUACGAACGCAUGAUGAAGUAUUUGUAUAUUUUUUAUGUCAGAAGUAGUAAAACUCACCGAAAUGAGUUGUAAAGGAUAGUAUUUUAAAGAUUUCAUCAGAGUACAUCAUAAGAUUCUUUAAUCAUAAAUGUCGUGUAAAUGUGCGAUAUCUUUUAUGACAACCCUUGUAGUUGUAACUUAAUAGAAUAUGUAAAAUAUGAUAGAUGAUGAAAAAGAUGACAAAAUGCCUGUUAAGAGUAGGAACACAUGCAGAAAGAAAUGACUAAUUUGCGUAUUAGUACAACAACAAAUGAUCAUUAAAAAGCCGUAAAAGAUUCCAUUGCGCGAAAUAAAUUUGAUGUUUACAUGUACUCUAAAGAUUUUUUGUUAGUGAUUAAACAGAAAUAAAUUUUACAAAAAAUUGAUUAAAAUUAAUUCAAUUCCUGAUAGGUUGUUCGAACACAGUGUUUAAAACAUAGGAAAGAAUCUACAUACGAUUAUGGUUUCUAUCUAUUUAACCCCUAUUGCCGAAUCAGAUAGACUAACAGUAGCACAAAGUUUUCAAAGA